AUGCAAUCCAAAUCAGACACAACAAACACAUCGCCCGGAAUCGAGUUAAUUUCGAUAUCGAUGGUCAACACAUCGAAUGGCCUGGUCAGAACGUAUGACAAUUGUGUGGUUUCAUCGAGUAUUGAAAAUCUGUAUCUUGACGCCGGAACGGCCGAUGUAAAUUUCGUGUUUGGUUCAAGUGGCGACGAUGGUGAACGUGUUCCUGCCCAUAAAAAUCUGUUGUCAAUCACAAGUGAUGUAUUCCGAGCGAUGUUCUAUGGUGAAUGGAAGGUGUCAGGUGACAUCCAUAUGAAUACCGGUCACAAGGAGUUUCUACAAACGGCGCCGGCUUUCAAAGAGUUCUUACAGUAUUUCUACUUGAAAAGUGUGACGCUCACCGCUGGUAAUGUAGCUGAAGUGAUGGGCCUUGGUCAUCGAUACAACGUGGCCAAUUGUUUCAAAGCUUGUCUUGAGUUUAUCAGCGACAGUCUCAGCAUCGAUAAUGUGUGCAUUGGCUAUGCUUUGGCCAUACUCUAUGAACAAACCGAGCUGAAAAUGCGUUGCGAACGAAUGAUCAUAUUGAACACAAGCGCC